ACUCGCAACCAUGUUAGAAGGGGGGCUUCGAUACCGCACCGUACGUAUGAAAUCAGAAACCAAGCAAUCAUCGUAGAUCGCAACCUCUGGAGCUACACAAGAUUGCUUGUGAUAGCUAAAACAGAAUACAUUGUAUUGGGGAGUAGUUACAGUAAUAGCAGAUUUUGAACGAUGCCUACGGUAAAAGGAACUGCCUCUGUGGCCGAUUCUCGAGCAAGAACGAAGGCUUUGAGAAAAACACGGUUUCCGCGUAAUUAUCGUACAUCUGUCGAUAUUGAGAAGGUCAAUAAACCUGUUCUGACGCAAUGGAUAGAACAAAAGAUUGCGUCUAUACUCGGCUUCGACGAUGAGAUCGUUUCUUCUACAGCUAUAAACUUAUUCUUACCUUCUGACAAUUCUUGUGAUCCGAAAAGAGCACAUCUAGAUCUCGCAGGUACGUUACUUAGCCGACUGAUGUCGGUGAUUGAAUCGAGGCUCAAAGUUAACAAUUUUACAAUCGAAACUAACCCCUUUCUUGCAUUUAAUAAACAGGCUUUCUAGGGGACGAGACUGCUACAUUUUGUGGAGAAUUGUGGACCCUAAUGCUUGAAGCGCAGGCCAGUGCUUCCGGUAUUCCAAAAACCUUGCUGGAACAAAAAAAGAAGGAGAUGGCAGAGGAAUUGAGUAAGGGUAACGAACCGCAGCGACAACAGCUCGCACCAUACCAAAAUCAAUCUCUUGGGUCGUCUGGAAAACCAAGUAGAUUUAGUCGAUUUGCCCCAGAUAGAAGCAAUCCUAGCGGUCGCAGCUCAUUAGACAAACACGAAGACGCAACCAAUAAAAUCAAAUGCGAAACUCACAUUUCCAUCGAAGAGACAUCACAAGAACACACAAAUGGAAAAGAAAAAGGUAGUGGAAGGAGUCGAGUAGAAGAUGCCUAUGAAAAACAGAACAUGGACCAAUUUGGCCGUGUCUUGUCGACAGAAAGAUCACUGGAAGUGCAAAAACACACUUCUCGUAACCAACGUGACCGCAAUGGGUCUCGUACGUCUGAAUCAUCCCGACAUCGCAGAGAUAGGAGCCGGAGUCCUAGAAAAUACAAUGGAAGGGAGAGAGAGGCCUCAGAUCACAGACGGCGCUACGAUAAUAGGUACCACGGGACGGAUGGUGAUCGGAGACGUCCUCAAGAUAAGAGAUACCAUUCCAAUCAAUACGAUGAUCGCUCGGGCUAUCACGAUCAAUAUCACCGUCAGUAUAAUCACAGCUAUAAAAAUCAUCAUGAUCGGGAUCGCAGUCGGGAUCAGUAUCGUGACAGUCGAGAUUGUCGUCACGAGAUACAUGAAAUGGAAAACCUCGAACGGCGCCUUACCCGCCUGAGGAAGGAAUACUCGGGAUGGGAUAGAAACAGUGCAAAUCGAAGCACACACAGGAUCGAGGAUGAGAUGAACGAUAUUCAAGACAGACUGUAUGAGCUGGAACAACGCCGGCGUAGGUACGCUUCCUACCGCGAAGAUGAUCGUCGUCGCUGGAGCCACCGCGAUAGAUUCCCUAGCUACGAGUAUCAGCGAGAGGGACGACGCAAACGGAGCAGCAGCACAAAUUCGGAAAGUUCGCGGUCAGUGCAAAGUGAUGCUAACGACAACGUAGCAAAUGGUUCUUCCGAUGGAAGUAGCCGACGAAGCUACAGUCGAUCUCCCGAGAGAGCAAAAAAGAACAAGAAUAAAAGCAGUAAGAAACGGCAAAGACGUCGUCGAUCGAGGAGUCCAAGCAGCAGCAGCGAACGAUCUUAUCAAUCAUAGUCUUUUACAAACAACCCAAGUACAAUUAAUCCAGGGCAACUCA